GCAGCGCAGAUCCUGUUCGGCAACAUAACGGCGUGGGGCCCGCAGGCCGCCAACUCCUGUCGCAACGCAGGCUUCAAGUACCACCUCAUAGCGCUGGCGGAGACGCACGUCGACGCGAACGGCAUCGCGGAGAAGAGUGGCAAGCUCGCCAUGGACGGCUGGAAGCUGUCGGCCACACCCGCGGUGGCCACCAACAAAUCGGACAAGGGGACCCAUGGCGGCGAGUGGAUCCUCACGCGCAGGGACGUGGCGGCGACCACGCUCGAGGACUACAGGGACUACUACGUCAAGGGCCACAAGAGGCAGCCGUUCGUGGGCUUCACGCCGACAGUCCUCCACUCCAAGAGCGGCAACAUAGUCGUCCUGGCGGCGCACCUGCGCCCUGGCCUACGGGACCAAGGCGCGAACAGGGACAUCCUGGUCUCCAUCUCCACCUUCGUGGACAUGCUCAUGGACCCGUGGAUCAUCCUGGCCGACUGGAACUACGAGCCGCACUGGUGGGACAACAAGCCGUGGCUCACGCGAUGGAACGGCACCAUCCUCACCGACCCGAGCUGCGAGGCGACGUGCGACAAGGGCUCGGGUUCCGUGUGCGAUUACGCGAUCGUACGAGCGGACAUCGCCACGCACGUCGGGAUCGAGGUCACGGUGGGCACCGCCGAGCCGUGGCAGUACAAAGCUAUAAAGGUUCCCAAAGCCCUCCCCGCACGAGCCAGACCCAAGAAGGUCGCGGACCCGAGCAGCAAAAGGUCCAAGGCUCGUGCGGAGGCGUUGCGAACCAGGAGGGAAAGGCUACCAGAGCACUUGCGCGACGAGUUCGACGCCCUCUACAUCAACCGCGAGACGGCCAAGGAGGACCCCACCCCCUUCGUCAUCCCCCAGCAGAACUGGGACGCAGCCGCCGACGAGGUCAGCAACUUCCCGAAGUUCGAUGGCGCAAAGGCCGGCACCAAGGAGGGCAGAGGACACAUCUUCCACAACCACGCGCCGAACCUCGCGGAGAACAUCAACUCGAAGUACGCGCAGUGGAUCGCGACCCUGGAGCUCGCCGUCCUGGAGACGCACGCGGUCCCCGACGAGGACAGGGCCAGGUACCAGGGCAGGGCAGGGGGGCACAGGACCACCAAGCAGACGAUGAAGGCGUCGCCUGGCAGAGCGUACCUCAAGGACCCCGAGGCUACAUGGUGGCAGCACCUCAGCACCCUCGUGGCGAGGUACACCGCGCUGGUCACCAACGGCAAGGACCCCAAAGCCCGCCAGCACAUCCACAAGACAGCCAUGAAAAAGCUGGACGACCUAGAGAACCCUGAGUUCUCCAAGGAGCACUUCGGCAGGAGAACCGACCCGCAGGAGAUCGAAGAGUGGAAGACCCAGCUCGUCACCCUCGAGUACUGCGACGUGGCUGACUUGCACCACAGCAGCGCCACCACCAUGGAGUGGACCCACAAAGCUAUGGCGAGAGCUGCAGGCAGAGCGCGAAAACGGUAUCUCGACUGGGCGAAGCAGGCGUGGAAGGACUCACCAGGCAAGCUGCACCGCAUGGUCACCGACCCCAAGGCGCCGCGCCUGAAGGACAAGCAGCCUCAGAGAACGGUGGGCGACCCAUCCACGCUCAUGAACCACUCUGCCGACACUUGGCGCUCCAUCUGGGCGUCCGACAGCUACAACGCCAAGCAGAUCAUCAGCGCAUACGAGAAGGCCAUGCGGCUCGCGAAGGAG